AUGUUUUCAUCAAAUUCUCAUCGUCGAAGUAUUCGUGACAGGGAAACUUUGCGUAAUGAUCCUUUAAACCUACUUCGUAUAUUAAAACGUCAAGACGUAACCGAUGAAACAGGAAAAGAUGAAACAAGAGGAAUAUCAGAAACAAUAUCUUCACACAAUCCGUCCAUACCAGAGUUCAAAUUUAUAACCCAGGAAACCACAGAAAAUUCUUCAAGUGAUUCAAGUGGAAGUGUAAAAAAUGGGGAUAUAAUACGUCAAGGUUUAAUUGGUUUUGGAAUAGUACUUACGGGAAUAAUCGCAAUCACAAUGAUUAUUGGUGUAAUAGCAUACAUUUAUCGCGAAAGGUUAAUUCGUAAACGACGAUCACAAAUAAAUUCCCAAUCCCAAAAGGUUAGAAUAAUUCAACGCAAAAAUUCUAAUCGUUAUAGAAGUAUCAUUAACCUUUACACGGAUAAUUUUAAAAAUUUUAAUGGGAAUGAAAAUGAACUUGAAACAAGCGACAUGACUAAUACUGAUAAUAGUAAAAGAAUGAUUACCAGUAACAUUCCUUCCAAAGUUAUUAGAAAUAAAAGCCUUGAUUUUAGUGAUAUGCCAAAUACUCCGGAAAAAUCGAUGAAAUCCCCAAAAAUAGAAUCACCCGUUACAAAUAUUGUUCAUCCAAUAUCAUCCCCAAUCGCAUUUCCCUCUGCUAGUAUAUUUAGUAAUGAAAGAGCAAGUUCUUUGGCAGAUAAUAUAGCCAAAUCAAAUGUUUUUCAAGCGACAAGACCUGCCCCUCCGAUUCCAGUCAAAACGAAGCAACAAAAGAACGUUCAAAGGACGUUUCAAAUACAUUCAAAUAAAACCUUUGCUCAAAGUCCGGAAGCCGAUUUAAUUCAUCAAAUGCCCACCUCUUCCCCAUACUACAUAAAAGGUGUACCCCCGGAAGAUAGUCAAUAUACUAAUACAAAGUCAAAUCAUCUUCAAGUACCAUCAAACAUGACUUUGGUAGAUUCACGUCAAGAUUAUUAUGUUCGAACCUCACCUCCAUCCCAAACUUCCUUAAUUCGUUCUUUCCCUUCUCCCCCUCCUUCUCUUCCUUCUAGAUAUUCUGAUAGCAAAGAUAUUUAUGAUGAUUAUUAUCCAUCUACGGAAAGUGCAAAAAGUUCCACUUAUAUUUUGGAUGGUCCAACUAAUCUGUCUGAAAUGUUGAUAACACUGUUUCAACAAUUAAAUAAUUGUUUUGAAUCUCACAAGAAUAGUAAACAAUCAACGCCAGACGAGGAUUUGAAUAAUGUGACUACCCUUAAGGAUUUUGAUGAAAAAAGGUAG